AGGGCCUGACCAAGCUCAACGUCUCCCUGUCCAACCUCGGGGGAUUGUAGGGGGUUACCACGUCCACAUCCUGCCCAUCCUGAGUGGAAGAGCGCCCUGCUCCGAUGACAACAUCAUGGGCCAUUUCAACCCUUUCUCCAUCAACACCUCCGCUGACCCACUCCCAACCGUGGGGACCACAGAUGAGUAUGAGGUUGGCGACAUGGGUGGGAAGUUUGGACUGCUGAGAAACCUGGAUCAGAUACAGGACAUCUUCAUGGACAGUAACAUGCCACUGACUGGGCCAAACAGUGUCAUAGGGCGGUCUGUGGUUCUCCACCACCUCAAUGGAUCAAGGUUGCAGUGUUCAGACGUCUCAGCAGAGACGACCCCCGGGGCUGAGUGGGUGACGGCGAGCGCCACCUUCAGAGGCACCGUCUCAGGAGCCGUUACCAUGUCUCAGCAGAUCUUUCCUGAUGGCAGCUACAGUGACACCAUCCUGGAAGUAAACCUGCAAACAAACUCCACACUCAGGAACACAGAGGCCUCCUGGUUUCUGACUGAAACUCGCGUCAGCAAUUGCAGUGCUGCAGGAGGCGUUUACAAUCCCUUUAGUAUGACAGAGGAGAGUUCCACCUGUUCGGCGGACAGUGCUUUGAACUGCGUGGUUGGGGAUCUUACCGCCAGGCUCGGCGCAGUCAGCCUGACCAAAAGACAAUUGUUCAUUGACACUACCCUGCAGAUGGCCGGGGAUUUCACAGUCAUCUACAGGUCACUGGUCCUCCGUCAGGGAAGCAGUGUUGUUGCCUGUGCCACAGUUUCCCCACUGUCACCAUUUGCUCAGCAGCUCUUUCCCAAUGUGUCAUCUUUCAGCAGGCACGACUUCCGUAACAGAGUGUCGAAUGUCCUCGGCGUGAGCAUCUCCAGGAUCACCAUCCUGCCCGGGUCUCUUUCCGCAGAAAGUGACGGACGGUGUCAGCAGGUCACCUUCGUGGUGUCAGGUAACGUGAGCUCCAGUGCACUGGCCACAGUCAAAACCAGUCCGCUAAUGGGCCAGUUCCAGGAAUCCCCCACCUGCAACAGAGACACUCCAACCACUACAAGCACUCCAACCACUACAAGCACUACAACCACUACAAGCACUACAACCACUACAGCUCCGCCUUCUAGAGCUGACGGCUUGUGGCCUGGCGAUACAGCCCUGAUGUUCUCUGUGGUUGCUCCCAUGUUUCUUCGACUGAUGAUCCAACAUUAACUUACUCACAAAGCAUGACCGUCCUCAACGUCCUGUUAUAACCUGGGGACGUGAACCAAGCACCAUUUAAUAGUUUCUGCAACUGGUUAAGGUAUCAGAGGCCAUUUAGAAAAAAGUCUCCUUUACUGUAGUCUGUCUACUUGUUUACAACAUACUUGGUUGUUUGCAUUGGGUUAGUAGCCUGUCGUCCUGUCUCUUGGUCUGAUCUACUCUGGAAAACAACAGGAUAGUUGGUACUGUUUUGUUUCAAUUCAAAUUGUUGAUUUAAAAAAUCAAGCUCUAAUGUAUAUGUUUAAUUAACUGUAAAUAUUAUCCUCUUCUCGUGAAGCGGGCUAUUGUAUACUUCUUGUUUCAACAAAGUUCAACAAUGUUUAAUUACCUAAAGAUGAAUACUUAUUUGAGGUUAAUCUGUUUUCACAAUACAUUUUAUGCACUAAUUACAACAAAAAAGCACUGGUAUGCUCUAAUUGUGAGACACUUAGCGAACAAUGAUACCGUGUUUGUAGUUGAAUGUGAGCUAAAUAUCAAAUUUGUACAUUUGUACAUUUUUUCCUUCAUCAUGCUUACGUGGAAUGUAUUAUCUUUGAAAUGCACUAUUUCAUGCAUCAAGUGACAAUGUGAAUGUAGAUAUCCUUUUCACUGUAUUAAAGGAAACUGUGAACUCUCAAAA